UUCAAACACAUGUCUAUUCGAGCCCUUACAACUAAUCUACACAGCCAUGGUAAUCAAACUUAAACCAUGUUUCUAAUAUUACUAACUUUGUUCUCAUCGAUUAAUGGCGAAACCGUGGAACUAUCGACAAAUGUAACUCUAGAAGAUGGCCGGCCGUCACAAGCCUACCCGCCUGCGUUGGGAUUUCUCUUCAUAUUUACAACGAUUUUAAUCGGCGCUGUGAUUAGAGGCGUGAUGCUAUGGACUGGCCUAGACUGGUGUCUACCUUACAGAGUGGUCAUGUUUGGACUUGGGGGCCUGCUCGGAUUCUUCGCUAGCAAAUACCCACUGUUCAGACCGUUCGUCAGUAUCUGCUACGUCGACGUGGACACUUUACUGACGAUAUUCCUGCCUAUCAUAGUAUUCAAUACGUCGUACAGCGUCGACGCACAUUCGUUCUGGCGAUGUUUUCCUCAAAUUUUGCUAGUCGGGGUGCCUGGUGCAAUUAUAACGGCGCUAAUGUCCGCCUUCAUUGCGUUUCAUUUAGUUGAGACCUCGUGGAGUUUUCCCACGGCUUUACUGUUUGGAGUCAUUUGCUCUCCGAUUUAUCCUAUGGGCGUUGUAAGGCAGUUAAAAGAAAUGAAUAAAGGAAAAUAUAUAAGUGUGUUGCUACAAGGGGAAGGAUUGAUAGGAGAUUCGACAGUAAUGAUAGAGUUCACUGUAGUCUUCGGAUUCAUAGCAUUGGCGGUGACUGAGCCUUCUCAAAUUGCGCUCCUGAUCUCACGAUACGCGGGUGGUGGAAUUCUACUAGGAAUAGUGAUGGGGAAAAUAUCUGGUACGCUGCUAACUUUGACGUAUUACGAUCUGUUAAGCGCUGUGACCAUAACCGUUUCGUCGGCGUAUUUGACGUACUAUAUUGGAGAGAAGUUUUUUUAUAUUUCUGGAUUGUUAAGUACGACUAUAGCUGGAGUUUUAGUGAGCAAUAUUAAGUCUACGAUAGCUGGCGACGUGGAGCCGUUCUUGGCGAAUUUCUGGAUGGUGUUGGCCCAUGUGGCGAAUACGCUAGUGUUUACUAUGGCGGGGGUGGUGAUUUUCGAUAAAGUGAACGAUGUGAUCAGCGUCCGACAGGCGGCGCUAGUUAUCGUUACGUAUAUGACGGUGUAUUGCGCUAGGUUCGUCAUGUACGCAUGCAUGAUGCCGAUUCUCCAACGAGUCGGGUACCGCAUUAGCUGGCAACACUGCCUGGCGGGGGUGUGGGGCGGGCUGAGGGGGCCGCUGUCGUUGUCAUUGGCGCUCAUUGUGCUGCAAACGCCAUCUGUCGCCGCCGCUGGAGAGAUAUUCAUAGUUCAAACUGCCGGGCUGGUACUUCUCUCCUUACUCAUCAACGCCACGAGCAUGAACAAGGUUCUCAAACUGCUGGGCUUGGCGGAAAUAUCCCUGGCCAAGAAAGCCAAUAUGACUAACUGCGUGAAACGCAUCAUGCUGACUAGGGACCGAUGUAUUUCUAUGCUGAAAAUGGAUAAGUUUCUGGCCGAUGCUAAUUGGGAUUUGGUGCAAGAAGGUACGGAGAUAAAACACCCGUACCAGCUCCAAAUAUCCGGUCGUGAGGAGGACAGUGAAGAUGACACUUACAUGGGCUACCGGUACACCACGUGUCCAGACUGCGAGCGAGACAUCCCUAACGAGCCCACCAAGAAGGAGUUUGCUGAGAUGAUGAGGGAGGCAAACCAGCGGGUGUUAAAAGCGAUGAAGAUAUCUUACUGGAGGCAGUACGAGCACGGGAAGAUCAGCAAAGAUGGCGUCAGGACCUUGGUGCAGGCUGUGGAGGUGGCCGCGGACUCCGACGACGCGAGGAUCAAUUUGGACCAAUUGGGCACUUUGUGGAAGCCCAAGGCGCACGCGGUCUGGCUGCGCCACAAGAUGGUGGACAUGAUGACCCCGGAGGCGGCCAACGCCCAGGUGCCCCGGCAUCCUUGGAGACAAGUGUGCUACAGGGUCGUCACCAACAUGUGGUUCGACCUGUUCAUCUACCUGAUGAUCUUGCUCAACACCCCGGUGAUACUCUGCGAGGUGUUGAUGAAGCCUCCCGUGUCGCAGGCCACAAUGUUUUCGAUUAAAGGAUUGAAUUUAUACUUCUUCAUUGUUUACGUCUUUGAAAUAAUAUUGAAGAUGAUUGCUUACGGUUUUUGCGGGUACUUCAAAUCUCACUGGAAUAAGUUGGAUUUCUUCAUCGUCGUCAUGGCUACUGCUGAUCUGGUGUUGGACAUAAUCGACUCGCUAACCCCCUGGGACAAAUGGCGCAACAUGAACUCCAACAUCUUGACAGCCACCAAGCUGCUGAGAAUGCUGCGGUUCAUCAGACUGUGCAAACUUGCCAAGGUCUCUGUGCCCAAAUUUAUGGCGUACAUUGACAAAAUGAUAGACAUACAAUUGGCUUACGGCUAUGACGUUGGUAAGGGUUUCGUGACUGGUGAACAAGAGGUGUGCUCCCUUCUACCUCAACUGGUUGACAAUAAGGUCAUACAGGAGACCUUGAACGCUAAACUAGAGGCUGACAGAUUAGCCGUGACAAGACAGCUCGGACUGUUACAAAGAGACCGGCCGUGGACGGCCAUUACGGUGAAGACAAGACAAGCGACCACUUCUACACUUAACAUAAUGCUGUUGGACGCCAUGCAGCUCAAAGAGGAGGGAUUUCUGGACGAAAUGGAGUAUCGUCUUCUGGUGCACGCCAUUCAAGUGAAAGUUCAACAGUGUCGGCAUAAAGACAGUCUGGUGGCUCCGUCCUCGCCUGAAACUCAACUUCGUGCUGUAUCCUGGCUGCAAGGAAACGAGAGGGUCGCUGAACACUUUCUAGAAAAUUCUGACAUCCAGAAUUACAAUUAUAAUGACAUUUUGAUAUCACGAGGUGACGAGCCUAAAGGCCUGUAUAUACUGGUGUCAGGACUCCUAGAGGCUACUUACGAGCCUCCCGACGGGGAUAUGGACGAAGCCAUACCCAACUACGAGUUCAUGACGGAUCUCAAGUUCAGUGAACCCUGCCAGGAUUACAUCGUCUCUGGAAACGCUGUUGGAGUACUGGGGGUACUAACAAAUCGGCCGUACAAUUACACGGUGCGGUGUGACUCCGCAGUGCAAGCGUACUACAUCACGAUGCCAGUCAUCAAGGAGGCUUUCAACCUGGCUCCACACCCCAUCAUGGGCCUUGAAGCAGCAAUGUGGCGUGAGAUCGGCAUCAAGCUGUCGAUGAUGGUGCUGCCCUCUGUGCCCGCCUACCACGGCUGGUCCAGCGAGAGGCUCAGCAUGCGGCUCGAGCACUCCUUCGUGCCUUGUUUGAAGGCUUUUAAGGUGUUCGUGGUGAAUGAGCUGAUGGAAGAUAUAAUACUCCUGGACGGAAUCUGCCAGGAUAUGGCUACCAGGGAAAUUUUUCAACCGCCUUGUUAUAUACCUAGAACCGCUCACCGCCUGAUCUUCCCGAAGUCUUCCCAACUAAUGGUGUCCAACAGUUGCCCGGACACCAAGCUGCUAAUCGUGCCCGCCAAAGACACUGACGAGUUGGACAUCAUGGAGGACGAGGUCGAUGACCUGCAGUGCGAGCUGGUAUCAAACGCGUCAUCUCGAUGCUUAUACCACCGAGUGGUCCAUAAACUGUCCAACGAGUCCAGCCGAGUGAGGGAGCGGCGCGGGCGCAAGCGGAGACGCGGCACGAGGCGGGUCAACUACAGAGAGUCAGUUUGGGGGAAAGCUCAAAACAUGAGCGACCGGGACUUAGCAACGGCCGCCUCGAGGUACUACAAGUCAAGCGCAACGGAUAUGUUAGAACCGCAACCAGGGUCGACGAAAAAGAGUGUACUGAUGUACUCGCCUGAGCAGUCUAUGCGGCCAAUGCGUUCAGAACAAGAGAUUUACAAUACGAUGUUUACCAAGAACAAGCCACAGGAGAGGAUUCAUAACGACAUAUUGGAAUUGGACGAACCGUAAAAUAAUAUCAAAUCCAAACACAAUUCUUAUAAAAUGAAAACAAUAGUAUUUACGUGAUGUUGCCAAAGAAAUAUGACGUCAUUUCUUGUUGGAAAUAGUUUCUGUGAUAUCACUUAUUCAUUAAUGAUACACCAGUAAUUAAGAUGGCCAUGGAAUCAAUUAGAUUCCCCUAAGCACUGAAAUAUUCUGAUUUGUAGAUUUUAUAUGAGUGUGUGCUGGAAAUCGUAUUUUUGUUAACAAACUUUAAAUAACUUUACAUACUUAUAGAUUUCACUUACUGUCAUAGAACCUAUGUAGCCUUUUUAGGCCAUCUUUUAGAGAGAAGAAAGAAAGAAAUGUUUAUUUGCAAUGAACGUGAAUGAUUUGGUUAGACAAAACAUUUAAUUUGAUGGCUUAAUUGAACAACACAUGGUUAAUAAUAAUCUUAUAUUAUUUAUUAAUUUUUAUGAGCAUAUUUUGUAACUCUUAUAUUAUAAUUUAUUGAUAAAUUGAUGUCUUUGAUUUAAAAAAAAUUAUAAAAUAAAAGUAAGGAGACAGGCACUUAAACCAUUCAAAAUAAAAAAAAACUUUAAUUAAUUAAAAUUAUGUAUUUAAACUAAAAAGAAAACUUAUAAAAACUAUGGUCCCUUCAACAUGUUAUAGACCAUGUGAGAAAUAAAAAUAUAAGAAAUAAAGUAAUAGGGGAUUUAAACUAUGAAAUUGCCUUUUUAAACCUAACUUUAAAGUGAAACUUGGUGUAAAUAUAAGGAACUAGUUUUUAUAUAAAAAAGCACCUAACAAAUGAUUCACUUUUUUGCAUGAACUGUCAAUUUCAUAAUUUAACCCAUAAUAUUUAAAAACAUUGGGAAUGUAAACAAAUGCUAUCAAUUUAUGCUUGUAGCACCAAAUAAAAGCAGAUAUUUAAACUAUAAAAUAUCAACGAAUAUUGCAAUAUCAGUACACAAGUAACUUUAAA